UGCAUGAUAUUGGGGCAGCUUGGCGACACGUUGAUGCAGACAAGGCUUGGUCUCUUGCCAUGCGGGCUCCGGUUCUGCUUGGUCUUUUGGAAGUUAAUAAUUUCUGCUGGUUAGUGGGCGGUGGGCGGUCAGUAGUUUUCUUUCUUCUCUUUUAGCUAUCUUCUUCUUCUUAGUUUUCUUUGGCAGCUUCAGAAAGGACUUGAAAAAUUUUCUUUUGCUUUUGAAGUGAUUCACUGUUUAGUUGGCUUUGCUGGAACCUUUCUUCUCUUUUAGCUUUCUUCUUCUUUUUAGUUUUCGUUGGUAGCUUCAGAAAUGACUUGAAAAGUUUUCUUUUACUUUUCAAGUAAUUCGCUGUUUAAUUAGCUUUCUUGGAAAUUCGCUUCUGUCGGUGUGGUCCUCUUGUAUAAUUCACUUCAGACGUGUGUUUGGUUUCCCAAUCUCUUGUAUAAUUGUAGUUGCUUUGGCUGCAUUGGUGAGUAGGCGGUGGAUAGUGUCCGCAGCAGUCUCUGGUUUUGCAGGGUGAUGUCUUUACUUUCUCACCUAAUUGAUCUUCUGAGCAAGCUGUGUUUGGUGGGCCAGUUAUACUGUGAUUUUUGUGAACUUGAGGGGUGUUUUGGUCUUUUGGCAUUGGACGGCAAUGGUUUGAUGGAAAUUCACUUCUGUCCGCGUGGGCCUCUUGGAUGGGAACAUUUUGGCGGUCAGCAAUUUCCUCUCAUUCUGUUCUUGGUUCUGUGCUGAAUCCAGUGCGCACCGCUUCAGAGUUUUGGGAGCUGUUACUUUUUCUUUUCUUCGCCUUCUUUACCAGCCUUUUUUUGCAUCCACUAUGUGGAAGUUGAGAAUUGCUGAAGGCAGCGGCCCAUGGCUGACCACAACCAACGGCCAUGUGGGACGGCAGCACUGGGAAUUUGACCCAGAUGCCGGAACUCCUGAAGAACGAGCUCAAGUAGAUAAAGUGCGUGAGGAGUUCAGAAAGAACGGAUUUCGAAGGCAGCAAAGUGCCGACCUCCUAAUGCGCAUGCAGCUAAGAAAGGAGAAUUCACCUUGUCCUCCAAUGCCACCGCCAGUUAAUGUUAAAGAAACAGAUGAUGUUACAGAGGAGGCCGUCACAACUACGCUCAGGAGAGGAAUAAGCUUCUUCUCAACCCUUCAGGCUAACGAUGGACACUGGCCUGCUGAAUCUGCUGGCCCUCUUUUCUUCCUACCUCCAUUAGUCAUGGCCUUGUACAUCACGGGUACACUCAAUAUGAUUCUGUCUUACGAGCAUCAGAAGGAGAUAAUCCGUUACAUAUACAAUCAUCAGAAUGAAGAUGGAGGCUGGGGAUUACAUAUAGAAGGUCACAGCAUUAUGUUUGGUUCAGUCUUUAACUACAUUACAUUAAGGUUGCUAGGAGAAGGACCUGAAGAUGGAGAACAUAUGGCCAUGGCCAGAGGUCGCAAAUGGAUCCUUGACCAUGGUGGUGCGGUUGCAAUACCAUCCUGGGGAAAGUUUUGGCUCUCGGUUCUUGGACUUUAUGAUUGGGCAGGCUGUAAUCCAGUGCCUCCAGAGUUUUGGCUGAUUCCCAAAUUCUUCCCAAUUCACCCAGCACAAAUGAUAUGCUAUAGUCGCCUGGUUUACAUGCCAAUGUCAUAUUUGUAUGGGAAACGGUUUGUUGGGGCUAUCACUAGACUGGUGCAUUCUCUAAGAGAUGAGCUGUACAUACAACCAUAUCAUCAAAUCAAUUGGAGCAGAACACGAUAUACCUGUGCAAAGGAUGAUCUAUAUUAUCCACACCCUUUAGUACAAGAUAUGUUGUGGGGAUUCUUGUAUCAUUUUGCUGAACCUAUCCUAUUGCGAUGGCCAUUUACUACAUUAAGAGAGAAGGCUUUGGAAAAGGCAAUGGAACAUAUUCACUACGAGGACGAGAACAGUAGAUAUUUUUGCAUCGGAGCUGUAGAAAAGGUGCUCUGCCUACUCGCUUGUUGGGUGGAAGAUCCAGAUUCAGAAGCAUUCAAGCGCCACAUUGCUCGUUUACCUGAUUACUUUUGGGUUGCAGAAGAUGGCCUGAAAAUGCAGACUUUUGGCAGCCAAGCAUGGGAAGGUGCUUUAGCCAUUCAAGCAAUAUUACGUAGUAAUCUAGUUGAAGAGUACGUGCCAAUGCUUAAGAAAGCACAUGACUUCAUCAAAGCAUCACAGGUUCAAAAUAAUCCUUCGGGGAAUUUCACCAAAAUGCAUAGGCACAUUUCUAAAGGAUGUUGGACAUUUUCUAUACAAGAUCAUGGUUGGCAAGCCGUAGACUGCACCGCUGAAGGAUUAAAGGUUGCACUUCUUCUUGGGCAGAUGCCACCAGAGCAUGUUGGGGACAAAAUUGAAAUAGGGCGUUUAUACGAUGCUGUAAAUAUUAUUUUGUCUUUACAGGGUAAGGAUGGUGGUUUUAGAGCGUGGGAGCCACAAAGAGCAUAUCGCUGGAUGGAGAUGUUCAACCCCACUGACCUUUUUGGAGAUGUUAUAAUUGAGCGAGGGUACGUGGAGUGCACUUCUUCAGCAAUUCAAACUCUGCUGCUAUUCAAAAAGUUGCAUCCUGGACAUAGGGAAUCUGAAAUAGAGCGCUGCAUCUCCAAAGCUUUAGCUUAUAUUGAAGAUGAACAAGAACAAGACGGUUCAUGGUAUGGUCGUUGGGCAAUUUGUUACACAUAUGCGACCUGGUUUGCGGUGGAAGCUCUUGUUGCUUGUGGAAUGACUUAUAACGAUUCCCCAGCUAUACGAAAGGCAUGUAAAUUUUUGCUAUCAAAGCAAUUGCCUGAUGGUGGAUGGGGGGAGAGUUAUCUUUCUUGCUCGAACGAGGAGUACACAAAUCUAGAGGGGGAUCGGUCAAAUUUGGUGCAAACUUCAUGGGCUUUAUUAACAUUGAUUGCUGCAGGACAGGUCGAGCACAAUCCAGCUCCUAUACAUCGCGGAUUAAGAUUAUUGAUAAAUUCUCAAAUGGAAGAUGGCGACUUUCCUCAGCAGGAAAUCACAGGAGUAUUCUUUAAGAAUUGCAUCAUGCAAUAUUCAGCUUAUCGAAAUGUAUUCCCAAUUUGGGCUCUUGGUGAAUUCCGCCGCCGUGUUCUCCAUGCAUAGUUCAUCACGCAUGAAUAUGAAGAAGCACGCUGCUACAGUUAGCGACAGGAAAUAUUAUCAAGUCUGUAUAACUAUUGUCGAAUGAACAAUAAUACAUGGUGUGAAAUCUACUAGUUUUGGAUGUCAGCUAAUAUAAACAGGUGCAAAUAAAUGCUUUAAAAGCCGAUCGGCCUUACUUUGCCAA